GAAAAGAAAAACAACUUCAUUUGGAGGGUGGGAAAACGAGGAUCGUCGAGACGAAUUCUCGUGGUCGAUCUGUGAUGUCUCAUAUACUGUGCAGUGUGGGUAGUGCUAUAACUUCAGAGGAGUGUAAGAGUUACUAGUGAAACGAGAUUGGAUAUCGUGUUGAUUGUUGUGAAAUUCGAAUAAUUUAAAUAAACAUGGCGGUGAAGAAGGUUUUGUCUUGGGCAUUGCUUUGACUCUCCUUGGUUAAUUUACAUGGCGACUGCUUCCACUAGCAGUACGAAUAUGUCGAUUGAAAAUUCAUCCGGAAGCUCAACCACUGAGGACUGUGGUGCACAUGUUAAGAUCGAAGAAGAUUUUCUAAAUUCUGGUCGAACAGGCCGUCGUAAUGCCAUACCUGAUAUUUAUUGCCCACAGUCAAGGGUCUCAACUGCAGAAUUACCUACAAAUUUUGCCAGACUGUCAUGUGAAGAUUCUGGCCAACCCCAAGUGUCAUCAAACGCUAAUCUGGGGCCCAAUUCCUGAUAGAAUGACUCCAAUUUCCUCAGAUACUCAUUUUUUUUUGCAAGAAGUGAUCCACUAGCUGACACAGUGUACCAUCCUUGCUUUCACAAGUUAUCGUCUUAAUUUCAUUAUUCAGUACUAUAUUGAAUGUUGGGUUGUAAAUCCCUCUGCUAGUUUUUACUUUUCUCUUUUUUAACUUUUGUCAAAUCAAUACACACUUGUCAAUAAUGAGGUGACAAUUUGAUGAAAA